AGUUGCGUCGCUCGAUGGUGCUGCUGAAGUUUUCAAGAUGUCGUCGCUGGAGCAGAGACUCUCCCGAAUCGAGGAGAAACUCAAGCAGGAAAAUAAAGAAGCCCGCAAACGAAUCGACCUGAACAUCGACAUGAGCCCGCAGCGGACGCGUCCGAGGCCAAUCAUCGUGAUCCAGCUCAGUCCAGCUCCAGCCCCCUCCCAGCGCGCAGCCCUACAGUUGCCAUUGGCCAACGAUGGAGGAAGUCGCUCAUCCUCUUCAGAAAGCUCUCCUCAACACCCCUCGUACCCCAGCAGACCCCGACAAAUGCUAACGCUUCCCACUCCAACAUACAGCCUACAGAAGAGCCUGGAGAAUGCUGAAAUUGACCAGAAGUUGCAGGAAAUCAUGAAACAAACAGGAUAUCUGAAGAUUGACGGACAGCGUUACCCUGCAGAGGUGGCGGAUCUGAUCAGUGAGGGGGAGAUCGGCAGUGGAACCUGUGGACAGGUUUUUAAAGUUCGCUUUGAGAAGACUGGCCAUGUCAUCGCAGUUAAGCAAAUGAGGAGGACGGGUAAUAAAGAUGAGAAUAAGAGAAUCCUCAUGGAUCUAGAUGUUGUGUUGAAGAGUCAUGACUGUCCGUACAUCAUUCAGUGCUAUGGAGCAAUCGUCACCAAUACUGAUGUGUUCAUCGCCAUGGAACUAAUGGGGACGUGUGCAGAGAAGCUGAAGAAGCGGAUCCAGGGGCCCAUACCAGAAGCCAUUCUGGGAAAGAUGACCGUGGCCAUUGUAAAGGCUCUGCUGUAUCUAAAAGAGAAACAUGGUGUCAUUCACCGAGACGUGAAGCCAUCUAAUAUCCUGUUGGAUGACAAAGGGCAGAUCAAACUGUGUGAUUUUGGCAUUAGUGGCCGACUGGUAGAUUCUAAGGCCAAAACUCGCAGCGCCGGCUGUGCAGCAUACAUGGCACCUGAGAGAAUAGACCCUCCAGACCCCAGUAAGCCUGACUAUGACAUCAGAGCUGACGUCUGGAGUCUUGGUAUUUCUCUGGUGGAGCUAGCCACGGGACAGUUUCCAUACAAGAACUGCAAGACAGACUUUGAGGUUCUCACCAAAGUUCUGCAAGAGGACCCACCGGUCCUUCCUCUCGGCAUGGGCUUCUCCCCUGACUUCCAGUCCUUCGUCAAAGACUGCCUCACAAAGGAUCACAGAAAAAGGCCAAAAUACCACAAGCUGCUUGAACACAGUUUUAUCCGUCGUUAUGAAGUGUCAGAAGUACACGUGGCGGGCUGGUUCCAGACGGUGAUGGAGCGCACAGAGUCUCCUCGCAGCAGCCAGUGCUUCAACCAUCACCAGCUCCACUCUCUCUUCAGCAGGUAGCCAGGCGGAGACGGAGAGAAACGGAGAGAGGUCGGGAGAGAAAGAAUGAUACGAUUUUUGAGAGGUUGAUUUAAAGAGACAGGUGGACAGGCUUGAAAUAUAAAUUCUGUAAAUGAAAAAGACAGGAUGGAGUGGCAAUGGACCGUUUGAGAGAGAGAUGUGGCUGAAAAAAAGAGAGAAUGUUCAUUUGGGAGUUUGACUGAUCGACAGACAAUCCUGGGCAGAUUUGAUGUAAAUCUGAAAUAUUUUUUACCUUUUCAUCCACCCAUCGAACAGGAUGGACCAUUGCAGUCUAACACGGUCACUGUGGCACACACAUACAUUUACAGUAACACACUGUUUCACUAAACCACGAUCACUGACAGCCGUAUAAAGGUUAGCCGCAAGAGUAAGUGUACAGUCCGCUCACUUCAAAAUCCAAAACCUCCGUAGCCCCUUACUCAGGGACUGAACAGAGUAGUCGAACAACACUGUGCAAUGGUGUGUUUGUGCGUCUGUGUGUGUGUGUAAUCCGUUUAUCAGUUCUAGCUCUUCACUUUCCUGUACAGUUCAAGUACACUUAGCCAUUAGGCAAAUCUAAGUGAAUAGAAAUUAGUGAGAUAAUAGCUGUGUGAUAUAUGUUUUAUAGAAGUGUUCUUUUGCUAGCAAGCAUCAGCAGAUAUUUUGGUAAAUGUGUACUUAAAAGAGUUAGUGAUUCUUAAUCGUAGAGUUUCUAAUCCUUGGUGUUUAGCUUGUUAUAACUAGUUUGGUCUGAAAUUUCAUGUAUUGAAAACAGACAUAUUGGCUAAGAGAGAAGGUUGUAUAUUAAGAUAAAACUAGUGAUUGACCGAUAGGAUGAAGUGUGUAUCCCAAUUUAAUAUGAUGAGACAACUAUAAAUGAGCAGUUUUUGUUUGUUUGAGAAGACUGACUCAGUGACACUGGUUAAACAAAUCGUGUAAAUUUGGGGCGGGACUAUCUGCUUUGUCUGAAAAAUGACAGACGGUGAAAAUGUUCUUAUACUGAUGGUGUUUGUGUAAUUCCGUUAUGCUAGUCAUUCAGAAAUUACACACUUCACUUUCAUUGGCUGAUGAUGACAUCUGCUUCUGUUCAUUUGGCCAAUGGCGAUAAUCUCAAAAAGGCCAAAUAUUGGACUAUGUAUCGGUCUAUCACUAGAUAAAACACAAAAAAAUUAGCCCAGAAUGUGUAAAGUCAUACACAGUGCACACCUCAGGAAGACAAGUGUUAGAAAAGGGUAUUUUAACAAGAUUUAGCUGUGUGCUUCAGUCUUAGAAUGUGAGGAAGAAACGGUAAUCAAGUCACCAAAAGCAUAGAUGAGAGAUGUUGUCAUAGUCACUCAGAGUGCUGUAGAGAGACGAGUGGGGGGUUGGAGUUUCUGCAGUGAGAGCAGUUCGGUUCGAGCAUUUUCUCCACAAGAAUGAAAAAGUGAGUGGAACAUUUCUGCUCUGAUUCACCCGACUCAUUUACCCAGACAACCGUUCAUCAUUUCAUUCUCUUUACCAUUCUCUUUUUCCCAUGAUCAUUUGAGUUCCUCCAAACCAAAGGUUGUUUUUUUUUUGACAGCACUGCUUUUUUUCCGCCAAGCUGUUGUUCUCAGAGGAUUUCGGCACCUGCUCGUGGGUUGUGCUGAAGAUGUUCAGCGACUUUCACAACCAAAGCUGUAGAGUUUGAGAUUCACUGCUUUAAAAAGCCAAAAUCACUGCUAGACUGUGUGAGUAAGAGUGUGGGAAGAAAAAGAAAAUAUGAUAAAGAUGGUAAUGGUACGUUGAGACAGGAAGUAUGGUGAUAUAUAAGGGAUUGAAGAAAGUAAUGGAUGUAGCAGAGGAAAUAUCGGGAUGGGAUGGGAGUGGAAAAUUGGAGGAAGGCAUAUAGAAAGUAUUAAAGAAAGUCUCCAGUGAAGUCUUACAGAAAGUAUUGGCUCAUUUUUAGAGGCUGGCAGUUAAAAGGUGUUGGUUGUUUUCUAGAUCAUCGUGUUGAGCUAGCUGGAUGUUGCAUAAAAGCUUUCAAUUGUUUUGAACCAAUGUACCAAUUUUUUUUUUUUUUUUGGGGGGGGGGGGUAGUUAAUUAGUUUGUGUUAUGCAUCUUACUGUUUUUCAUUGUCCUUGAAACCUUGUUUGUUAUUAUCUGCUAUUAUUAUUAUAUUUAUUUAUUAUCUUACUUGCUGCUACUGUUUACUUUAGAUGCUGCUGUCGAUGAUUAUAUUCCCCAAAGGAAAAUCCUUUUUUUUUUUUAUUCUGAACCAAAUGCAUAAAACACUGCAAUGUCUACACAUUUACCAAAUAAUUACUUGUAAAAUGCAUAAUGUCAUCCUUUAAGAGGCAAAGAGAAAUCAAGCAAGGAAGUGAAGAAAAUUGAGAAUAUAUAGACCUAUAUCUAUAUCUAGUUUUAUUGUUGAAAUACUCCACUAUGCCAACCUCACACAAACAUCACCGCUCACUGUAGGCAACUAAUAAGAAUGACUUCCAGUUAUUUGUACAAAAUAAUAGACACCGGCUGGUAAUAUCUAUAUAUAUUUGAGCUAGAUUUCCUUUGUUACACCAUGUAGCUCACGCUGACAGAUAUUUUUGUAAUCGUCCUCCUGUGUCCGUCCUGCGGUGGAUGAAUUCAUGAGUUUUAUUCUAAUCAAACUCAUCAGUUGUAAUAUUUUGUCUCUUUUGGUUGAGCUAUUGUUAAUUUGAUCAUUCAGUUAAAGCUGCAGUAGGUAACUUUUGUAAAAAUAUAUUUUUUUACAUAUUUGUUAAACCUGUCAUUAUGUCCUGACAGUAGAAUAUGAGACAGAUAAUCUGUGAAAAAAUCAAGCUCCUCCCAGUGGUCCUAUUGCCAUUUGCAGAAAUACACCGCUCCCGGUAAGGAACAACCAAAGCUGCGGUCCGUAACUUUGUUUGUGUUCAAAAUGUAGAAAAAUGUAUAUAAUAAGCGAGUACAACAAAAAAUCAAUUUUCCAAACCGUGUUUUUAGCUUGUCCUGAAUCACUAGGGUGC